AUGGAAGAAGGAUCAGAAAGAAUUUCUACUCCGAUUCGGUCGCCUUCGGAGAAAGAUUCCAUCAUUCUUAACCGCACGAGCGCUUCGAGUUCGCCCUUCGGUUUUCGCAAGGUAAAUGCGCGCAUUCUUGACUUGUAAAAUUUUAUUUUGACAACAUAGAGAUCAUAUUAUUCUUUCCGAUCUUUAGGCAGCUCUUAGUCCUCCUACUGGUCUUCUACGAAGGGAAUCUUCUGGCUCUUUAUCGCCAGAAGGUGAUGCUUUCUUUGGCAGCUUCGAAAAUAAGGAGGACGAUGAAGACUGGGACACUGAUUUAGAAGUGGAA